AAGAAGAACAAGGCGCAAGUUAAGCAUCGCUACCUGGACGACGAGGGACCAAAACGCGAGGUUCAACGCGUGUCCUCGUGUGCUUUUACAUCAAAAUGUUGAAAGAGUUGCUCAGGGAGCGACUCAUUGCGGCCGCCGACGAAAUCUUCGGACUGUUUGAGAAAACGGUAUCAUCGUACGAGGAGCAACUUCGUCGCGCGAGAGAGGAGAGCGAGCGACACCGACGACAACUGGAAGCUGUUGGCAAGACUCAAAUGGUCAUACGCAACCAAGAUGUCCAGCAGCAGAGGGGGAGCUUCGGUUCGGAGCAGGAGGAUCCGCAGCUUCGCCAUAUCAAAGAAGAGGAGGAGGAGCAUCCAGAACUCCUCCUCAUUAAAGAGGGGGAGGAGCAUUCACAGCAUCUCUACAUUAAGGUGGAGAAGGCUGACAUCAGCAAGUUGCAACUGACUGCUGUCUCUAUGGAGAGUGAAGACAAAGACAAACCACUCGAGUGGUCGCAGCUUCGUCAUCACAGUCCAAGUGGAGACCACCGUGGUGGGCCACAACCAGAAAACCUCUUCGUUCCACUGUCACACGGUGACGACACGGAAGAAGCUUUGAGGAGCGAUGCAGACUGUGAAGGUGACGAUAAUCAGUUGAAAUGCUAUGAAAAGGAGACAACAUUUGGCAGCGAAGAACCUUCACAAUCAUCUAAAGAACUUCUUCCCUGCUCAGUUUGUGGUCAAUUUUUUGCUAUACACGAUAUGAUGAGACACAUGAGCACGCACACAGGAGAAAAACCCUCUGAUUGCUUACCUUGUGAUGAAACAUUCUUCCUUAAGGCACACGUGGUAUCACACAUGAUGAGACACAAGGAAGAAAAUCCCUUUAGUUGUGGAACUUGCGGUAAAACCUUCGCUCAAAGGCGAAAUCUGUUGUCACACAUAAGAAUACACACUGGAGAAAAACCUUUUAGUUGCUCAGUUUGCGGUAAAAGGUUCACUCAAAGGCCACACAUGGUAUCACACAUGAGAACGCACACUGGAGAAAGACCCUAUCGUUGCUCAUUUUGUGGAAAAGGAUUCACUCAAAAGUCAAACAUGGUAUCACACGUGAGAGUACACACGGGAGAAAAAGCCUUUAGUUGUUCAGUUUGCGGUCAAAGCUUUUGUCAAAGGUCCUAUUUGACUGCGCACAUGCGCAAAAAACACCAAGAGAAUAAAUAAAAAUACUAUUGGUAAAAUGUCAACAUCAGGUAUAAAGGGUACAAAAGCAGUAAAACGCGUACAUGUACAUUCAUGCUUCUUGCCUAAAGUCAGCUGGGAUAGGCUCCAGCACACCUGCAACCCUAGUGAGGAUUAACAAUACGGAGAUUGGAUGGAAGCAUUAUUUAGAAUGCAACAAAGUGUCUUCGUGACAAAUGAGAGUGUUGGCUGACAAAGUGUGUGCUUUGACAGAACGUGUACCACUCCGUCAGUGAUGACAUACAUUAUGGUAGGAUCACAGUAUAAUUGACGUGGCAGUCAACUGUCAACAGUAAUUUUUAUGUGUUUUAUUCUUUGCUAUAAAGACAAUUUUGAUCACGAGCAAAAUAUUGGCUCAUUAGUACCAGUGAAAGAACUCCGAAUGCUUCAGCAUCCGAAGAGAGUUUGCACUAUUCCAUGCUCCCAACUUUGUAGGAACAGUUUGGGGACGGCCCCUUCGUGUUCCACGAACAUGGCUGUGCACCGGUGCACAAAGCAAGGUCCAUGAAGAUACAGGCGUUAUCGUCCAACAUCGGCAUCGGACCUAGCGAUGGCCAGAAGAUGCCUUAUGAAGACUUGAAGCUUUCCAUCCAAUUGGUUCACAUCAUAUUCAAAAACGAAUGACACCAUACAUGGUGCGAGGCGUGUCUCCAACUUGGAGCAUAAAUAGUUGAGUUUCUCCACACCAACCAGGCUCGUGAGUAUUUUCAAUAUUUUCUCCCUGUAUUGGCUUAUAUGUAUAGGCACCUCUGUCUCUCCCAGUUCAGAAGAGGAUUAUCAAAACAUUUUUAAUUAGGUUUGUACUUGUUAAACUCAAAUAAUAAACCAUUUUGGCAAUGUUGGGUUCCGUGGCUUGUUGCUGCACUUCUAAAUCAAACCGUUUUUUUUUUUUUUCCUCAGAAGGAAUACCAAAUAGUCGUCGCAUAAAGUCAGUGGAUGGAUACGCCCCGUUCCUAACUUUGAAGUGCACUUCCUUGGCUUUGCGAAAAACGGGAAAUUUCAAAUAAUUAGUCGGUAACCAGCAAAUGUUGCCUUUUGAAACAGGGAUAACGAAUGUUGUUAAAUAAAGUACUAAAGUACCUUGUUUGGAAUCUUGGAAUCUAUGACUCGCACGGAAAAUGUUCUUGCCAAAAUAAAAAUAAAAAUAUGGAAAUUCAGCCAAAUUUGGAUAAAUUGUUCUGGAAGUGAAUUUUUAUAGGUUGGCAGCUCUGUAAAGUCAUAGCUUCCGCCCCAAAGGAGCGGAAGACGGGGUAGUCGGAGCAGUGCCGCUUAAAAUGCCUUUAAUCCAACCAAGAGCAGAUUUGUGGACGGCUUUCGUGAUGGGUUUCAAUGUUUCACGAUUAUCCUACAAAUUAUAACUCAGACAAAAAGUGUUCUAUGACAGGAAACAACCAUUACUUUCAACUAAGUGGAGCACUGACCAGAUGUCCUUCUCCAUCCAGACCUUGUCAAACAGCGAUUAGUCUUUCACUAUAAUGUAUCUGUUGUGCCAAAUUGGCAUUUUGUGAUGUUAUAAUGAUACAUACAAUUUGACAGUUAUCACUACUAAAGGACCUGCUGGUGAAACUGAUAUAACUUGACAGGGUGUCUUUGAACACGAAAAUCACAUUUAAGCAAAAACCCUUUUCCACCUCAGGGAUAUGAUCCCAGAGAAUAUUGUUAUUCAAGAAUAUUUGAAGCAAUUGACUUUCACAGUUCCAUUUAUAAACUCAAAGUCAAUCGCUUGGAGGCCAGCAUCGCUGUAUUCUUUGGUCAACUCAGCUCUCACUACAACUUUCCUUCUCCAAAUAUAAUCAAAAUUAACCAGGUUUAUGAUGUUAAUGGCUUUAUUAGGAAUAGAAAUUGAUUAUGCUUAGUAGAUCAUUGUGCAAUGCUUUCCAUCUUAGAAGAAUACGACCAGUAAGAGUAAUAUCUCUAAAUAACAGAGUUAAACAUUGUUUUACAAGUUUUCAUUAUCUUCCAUGCAUUCAAAAUUUUACUUUCAGUAGGAUCUCUGGAUAUAUGUAAGCCUAAAUAUUUCACAGUGGAUUUUAUUGGGAGAUCAUAUGCCAUUGUCAAAUCAUAUUGAUGACGAGACAGCCAUUUAUUAGAAUUAAGCUUUAAACAAGAGGAUUGAGGGGAAAUGAUGGACAGCGGGUGCUGAGCCCUGGGGAGAAGUGCACGAACGUAGUGCACGAGCACAAGAUUUCACAAACUAAUAAAGAAACGGAUUUUCAAUGUUUCUGGACUGAUUUAAUAAAAAUGCAAUGCUGUGUAAAAUGUUAUCAAAUCUAAUAUUAACUAAACCACAACAACAACCAAUUCGGUUUUGUAUGUAAGUAGAAAGGAAGGAAGGCAUGUGCACAUACAUUUUUGGGGCAGGUGCUCAAGCACCCCCCCAAAAAAAACGGUCAAUCACCAAAUUCCUUCAUUCAUUCCUUCAUUUUCCAUACCGCUUAUCCUCACUAGGGUCACGGGCGUGCUGAAGCCUAUCCCAGCUGACUAGGCGAGAGGCGGGGUACACCCUGAACCUGGUUGCCAGCCAAUUGCAGGGCACAUAUAAACAAAUAACCAUUCACACUCACAUUGACACCUACGGGCAAUUUAGAUUCUUCAAUUAACCGAGCGUGCGUGUUUUAGGGAUGUGGGAGGAAACCGGAGUACCCAGAGAAAACCCACGCAGGCACGGGGAGAACGUGCAAACUCCACACAGGCGAGGCCGGAUUUGAACCCAGGUCCUCAGGACUGUGAGGCAGAUGUGCUUACCAGUCGUCCACACUGUGUCACAUCGCCAAAUUUAUUCCUACGUCUAAGAAAAAACAGUAGCGUAUAUUUAACUUAUUUCUUUUAACAUAACAGUCAAUUAUACAACUCUUACCAAAGGAGGUAAAGGGGAGCUACAUUGAAGUCUACAGACCACUGUUCAAAUGGCAGGUUUGUCAUGUACAAAACUGAGACCAAUAUCAAUCAUUUUACACUCAAAAUCCAAUAUUUUCCCCACUACUAGUUAAUCUAUAACUCGUACAACUCAAUUGAAUAUACAAACCACAAGGAAGGAACAUAGGAUGGGUGGAAGGAGGGAAAGGACCAAGGAUUUGAUGAAAGGAAGGUAGGAAGAAUGGAUGGAAGAAAGGGAACAAUGAUGGUAUUUAAGGGAGGAAGUACAAAACUCAAUUUCUAAUGAAGUUUGUACGUUGUGUAAAACGUAAAUAAAAAGACAAGGCAUUGACUUGCAAAUCGUUUCCAAGCUACAUUCAAUUGAAUGCACUAUUAAGACAAGAUCAUCUUGAAACGGUGUGUGAAACACUGUUCUUUUUUGGGGGGCAAAUAUGCUCUCAAUCUGAAUUUGACACCAAACCUUCGUUGAGUCACCUAAUUACACAGGAGCCAAGAGGACGACGAGGAGGCGCAUACAUCUACAAGUCUCCCAAGUACUCAACUAAAUGCCAGUCAGGUAUUAAAACACUUUGGGUGGAAUUGAUGACACAGGGGGUCAUUUUUAUUUUCAACAAAUAUUGAAUGAAGAGGAAAACUGGGCUGCAGAAAAAAAAAGGGCACUUUUUUGAUCCAGGACAAAAAGGCAGGUGCACAAACAUCACCUCGUGGCUAUGUCUGCACGUGCCCGCUUCCUACUAUAAGAGAAGACAACUAAGAAACAAACCAAAAAUCAGGAGCGGAAGAAAGAAGCAACAAGCGGUCAGAAUCCUAAUUGUCUUUAUAGCAAAGAAUCAAACGUACACAGAAUACAACAACGUCACAUUGAGAAAAAUUCAAUUAAAAAAAUGAGUGAUACGCUUCGGAUGCUGCAGUGUUGUGUGGGACGACUACUAAAACAUUUAUCGCCCCUUGUUGUGUGUCCGCAUGUGUACAGUCAAACUGUUCUUAUGAGCGUAGCUUUCACCACAAAUUAAACAACUAUAAGGUUUUUCUCCUGUGUGUAUUCUCAUGUGUGUUACUAAAUGUGACUUAAGAGAGAAUGUUUUAUCGCACAAUGAGCAACCGUAAGGUUUUUCUCCUGUGUGCACUCUCAUGUGUGAGCUCAUAUAAUCCUUUCGAGAGAAUGUCUUCCCACAAACUGAGCAACAAAAGGGUUUUUCUCCAGUGUGUGUUCUCAUGUGUUUCACCUCAUGUGACUUGUGAGCGAAUCUUUUACCACACAAUGUGCACUGAAAUGGUUUUUCUCCAGUGUGUGUUUUCAUGUGUGAUACCACGUGUGACUUAUGAGUGAAUGUUUUACCGCACAAUGAGCAACUGAAAGAUUUUUCUCCUGUGUGUGUUUUCAUGUGUGAUAGCAGAUAGGGCUUUUGAGAGAAGGUUUUACCACAAGUGGAGCAAGUAAAGGGUUUUUCUCUCCCGUGUAUUGUCAUGUGUGAGUCCACAUGUUCCUUACGAGAGAAUGUUGUACCACAUACUGAGCAAGGAAAUGGUUUUUCUCCUGUGUGUGUUCUCAUAUGCGAGUCCAGAUGCGGCUUUUGAGAGAAGGUUUUACCACAAAUUGAGCAACUAUAGGGUUUUUCUCCUGUGUGUGUUCUCAGAUGUCUAAUUAAAUAUUGUUUAGCAAAACCUUUACCACAAAUUGAGCAGGUCACACGAUUUCUACUUGUGUGUGAAAUGUCCUUGUUGCGAGGCGUUGUCUUGUUUUCGAAGCAUUUUGACUGUUUGACGUCACAUUCAUAGUCUGCAUCGCUCCGAAAGGGUUCCUCCAUGUCUUCGCUGUCUGACAGUGGAGCUAAGAUGUUGUCUGGUGGUUGCCUUCCACAAUGGUCUCCACUUGGUCUGCGGUGAUGAAGCUGCGACCACUCAGGUGGUUCAACUGCGUCGUCUUCACUCUUCACGACGACGAUAGUCAGUGGAAAGUUGCUGACGUCAAACUCCUCCUCUUCUUCUUUCAUGUGGAGGGGCUGCGGAUCCUCCUGCUCUAAACUGAAGCCCCUUCCAUGCUGCUGGAUGUCUGCAAGAGACAAGCCACACAAACACAGUUUAGCUGACACAAUUAAAUUGUUAUUCUACAAACCGCAAUUCCAAAGAAUUGGGACGGUGUGUAAAACGUAAAUUAGAACAGAAUACAAUGACUUGCAAAUCCUUUUCAACGGAUAUUCAAUUGAAUACACUACAAAGACAAGAUAUUUAAUGUUAUUCUUUCCUUGUAAACUGGAUACCUGCAGUACGUUCCAAAAAAGCUGGGACAGGGGCAACAAGAGACUGGGAAAGUGGAGGAACACCUGUUUAGAACAUUCCACAGGUGAGCAAUUGGGUAUAAAAGGAUCAUGCCCGAAAGGCUCAAUUGUGCACAAGCAAGGAUGGGGCGAGGUUCACCACUUUGCGAACAACUGCGUGAACAAAUAAUCCAACUGUUUAAGAACAACGAUCGUCAACGAACAAAUGCAAGGAAUUUAGGGACUUCAUCAUCUGUGGUCCGCUAUAAUGUCAUCAAAAGAUUCAGUGAACUAAAUGUGUCACACACAUUCAGUUCAUAGGUUUGAUAUUGAUACUGGUUAUAAAGAAUCCCGAGUCAAAUGUUCCUUUUAGUCUAUGCUGCGGGCUGCUAAGAAAAUAAAUGUUCAAUAUUCGGACACCCUUUAUUUAAACCAUGCCAGCCACCUAAAAGAAUCGGAACCGAGAAUCGUUUGGAACCGGAAUCGAAGUAAGAAGGAUCAGUAAGAAGGAUCGGGACCGGAAUCGCUCAAAUUCAAAUGAUGCCCAACCCUAAUAAGGAGUACCUAGAUAAGAGAUGUAGAUAGAUGAAGAAAGAGACGAAGAAGAACAUAGUCGUGUUGACUAUCAAGGCACCCACCUGUUCCCAAUUAGCCUGUUCACCUGUGGGAUGUUCCAAACAGGUGUUUGAUUUUGUAUGUAAGUAGAUAUGUAGGAAGGCAUGUGCACAUACAUCUUUUUUGCCAUCCGUCCCAUCGUUUUUGGAAUGUGUUGCAGCCAUAAAAUUCUAAGUUAAUGAUUAUUUGCUAAAAUCAAUAAAGUUGAUCAGUUUGAACAUUAAAUGUAUUUGUAGUGUAUUCAAUUAAAUAUAGGUUGAACAUGAUUUGCAAAUCAUUGUCUUCUGGUUUUAUUUAUGUUUCACACAACGUCCCAACUUCAUUGGAAUUGGGGUUGUAAAUCUAGUGCAAGCAUCAUGUCUUUUGAUGUUGAUUAAUACAUGUACACAUUGUCCAUAAACAAAACAAAUAAUUACAAUCUAAAUGAUAUACUGUUAUAUUGUAACGACCAUGUGUAUUACUAUAGUACAGCUCUAAUAGACACUACAAUAUGUUCAGCAUUUUCUAUACGUUAUCCUUGUAAUUAGUGUUCAAAUACAUUUACAAUGUUUGUAAACAGUGGUUAAGUUGUACUGUAACAAGUUCAAUUGUGUUCAAAGUGUGGAAGAGGGGUAACAAAAAGGCUGCGGCUGAUUCUGGAACGUAUCCCUCGCAAUAAAUGCGGGUUCACUGUAAAUUGGGUUAGGAGCUCAGUCGCAGAACGAAUUAAACUCAUUAAGCCGAGGUACCACUGUAUUGUUAUACAUAUGGUUUUUGUUGCAAACGGAGUAGGUGAAACGUCCCUUACCAUCGUCACCUCCACAGUCGGCACUGCUCCUCAAAGGUUCAUCUGUAUCGUCACUAUCGGACAGCGGAGUUAAGAGGUUGUCCGGUGGUGGCCCGCCACAGUGGUCUCCACUUGGAAAGUGAUGACGAUGAAGGUGUGACCACUCGGCCGGGUCGUCUUCGUCAUCUUCGUUCUUCACGUCAUCGACAGUCAGU